UUUUAUCUGUCGCAGUGACAGUAUUCUAAAAUAAAAAUUAUUUUUCUUUUGUAACGAACUCUCAAACGAAUUAACAAAAGCUUGUAUUGAGUUAACCGAACAAAAUAAAAAUAGUUUUUCGUAUAAAUUGUUAUCCAAGCGCCUAGUUAACUUCCUUGGUAUUGCAAGCACUGGAGCAGGUCGCAGCAGAGGAACAAUUCGGUAGCGGGCAGUAGUGUGAUGGUGUAGCGCUCGGCCCGCCGUGGCGCGCUCCUGGCAGCUCCGGCCAGCAUGUCCAACGUGGAGAACGUGUGCCCGCAGGUGUUGCGCGGCGUGGCGCGCGAGCUGCGGCGCCUGGCCGCGAGCCCGCCCGCCGGCGUCAAGCUGCUGCUGCGGGACGACGACCUCACCGACGUCACCGCGCUCAUCGAAGGCCCCGCCGACACGCCGUACGCGGGCGGCGUUUUCCGCGUGCGCCUGGUGCUGGGCCGCGAGUUCCCGGCCGCGCCGCCGCGAGCCUACUUCGUGACGCGCAUCUUCCACCCCAACGUGUCGGCGGCGGGCGAGGUGUGCGUCAACACGCUGCGGCGCGACUGGCGGCCCGAGCUGGGCCUGGCGCACGCGCUGCAGGCCGUGCGCUGCCUGCUCAUCGCGCCCAACGCCGACUCGGCGCUCAACGCGGACGCGGCGGCGCUGCUGCGGGACCGCUACGACGACUACUUCGCGCGCGCCAAGCUCUACACCGACAUCCACGCGCGCGCGCCCGCCGCCGCGCCCCCGCCCGCCCCCGCCCCCGCCGACGCCGCCGCCCCCGCCGCCGCCGCCGCCGCGCCGCGCGCCAAACGCCCGCGCCGCGCCUCGCCGCGCCGCGACGCGCGCCGCAUCCUCAAGCGCUUGUGAGCCGCGGCGCAGGCGUCUCGUGUAGUUGUAUUUAUUUUUUAUUAAAUAAUGUCAAAGUACUCACGCAGUUUUUCCUAUCUUCCAACAUUUACAGGCCGCGGCGGCAAAGAAGUUUAUUGUGGCGAGUAUAUUGUGGCCGUUCAAUCUAAUUCUAAUAAAUAAUAUUCUACUGUAACAUUACGAUAAAACGCAAUAUUGACCCGCGUUAACACUAGAUGGCGUUAGUAGUAGUUAGUAGUUGCGUGCAAUGUAAAUCGCGCUAAAGGUCGAGUCGUUGGGAAUUGUACAGGAGCACCUGUACAAUUCCCAACGACUUCGGUCGAAGAGAAGUGUGCGAAUGUCCGACAGCUAAUGACGGCAACCGGAGGAAACUGGCAACUCCAAAGAAAACUCAGGGCACAAGACUUGUUAACCCUUAUUUAAAAAAAUAAAAUAAUAAACCGAUUUCCCUCA